AUGACGGCAACGACGUCAUCAAGAGCCUCGACAGCAUCAGGAGCCUCGACUGGCGCAACGGCUUCUCAGAUACAGCAGCAGCAAUUUGUUAGCAGACAAAGAACAAUUGCCAGAUAUCAAUCACAGCACGAUAUUCCCAGUCCAUCUUUUACGACAAAUCCGCCACAAAUUGAAUCGUUCCCCCGUGGCUAUCCUUCGUUAUCAGCAUUCCUCAGCAGCGACCCAGAUUUCGCAAUAUUCCGAUGCUUCACACGCUUACACACCCGUAUUCUGCUUCAUAAACAAGACGACCUGAUAGAACUUGAACAGAAGUUGGAUCAACUGGAUCUAUCACAAAGUCAAACGAACCCAUAUCUUCUUACGACGAAUAGACGUCGCGAAGCGAACAAAGACCGGCAGGAACUCUUGGGGAAAAUAGAAGAGAAGCUUAAGGAGUAUGAUGAUUUACUCGCCGCAUUCUACACUCAUCUCGAGCGCCCCGAGCCGGAAGAGUCUGAGAUCCAGAGUGCUGCGAACUGGAUGGACGGGAAGAAGCCAGUGGCCUUUGCGGAGUCAACUUUCCUGAACGACUGGACUGAUCUCAGACGGGCGAAGCACUCUGUAGAGAAAGGAGGUCUGGAAACUUUUCUUGGGAGAUACGCCAGCAUGUCCAGGCUAUGCAAGGAUUCCAACCCGAAAUCAGAGGACCCUCAUAUCCAGUUCAUCAAGCAGUCUAAAGUUGUAGCCGUCUCACGAGCGUUAACCACCAUUUUCGCCGUGGCCACCCUCGUGGCUCCUAUUGGAAUACUGUAUGCCGUCAAAGCCGUCCCGACGAGACUUUGGGUUAUUGCUGCCUUUACUGGCAUCUUUUCUUCUGCUCUCUGCUGGUUAACAUCUUCCCGCAACUACGAGAUCUUUUCUGCAACGGCAGCAUACUGCGCGGUCAUGGUGGUCUUUGUAGGAAGCUUGCCAAAUGAGUAG